AUGUCUCUCGUAGGUAAUUUCACCUCCAACUACGACAACAGUGCCGGGAGACAAGGCCCAGGGCUUUUGGGACACUACCGCAGGGAAUCACACGACGAGCCCAACGGCCCGUCACGGGUAAAAUCUCACGAGAGUCGUCGCUCCAUAGCCAUGGAGGAUUCAGCCUCUGCACACCACGGUGCCAGUCACGAGCGUCGCACGAGCUCGGCGGGCAUGGAAGAAAAACCGGCGGGCGACCAAUCUCGAAGUUCGGAGAACGAAGAGGAUGAGGAUGUUCACGUCAGAUAUCUGGCUCGACAGUUCUCACGAACGUCCACCAAGACUGAGGAUGCCAAUCCCUUUCACGCUGCGCCAGGCUCUUCCCUAGAUCCCACUUCCGAGAAUUUCUCAACCCACGACUGGAUCAAGGCUCUGUUUAAUUUGCAGAACAAAGACGACCGGUUCCUUGCCAGGACCGCCGGAGUGGCGUUCCGCAACCUGAGCGCCCACGGUUUCGGAUCGGCGACUGACUACCAGAAGACAGUCGGCAAUGCCCCGCUACAGAUCCUCGGCAUGGCUCGCAAGCUCCUGAACAUUGGACAACGCAGAAUCGACAUCCUUCGAGGAUUCGACGGACUGGUGAACCAUGGUGAAAUGCUCGUCGUUCUCGGGCCUCCUGGGUCGGGCUGCUCGACGUUCCUCAAGACACUCGCAGGCGAAACACACGGUUUCGUCGUCGACGAGGAUUCAUACGUCAAUUACCAGGGGAUUCCUUUUGAUCAGAUGCACAAGCACUUCCGCGGCGAGGCCAUCUACACCGCUGAACAGGACAUCCACUUUCCCCAGUUGACGGUCGGUGACACUCUUUACUUUGCCGCACGUGCAAGAGCACCGAGACAUCGACCUGGAAACGUUUCCGCCCACGAAUACGCGUGCCAUAUGCGAGACGUUAUUAUGGCAACUUUUGGCAUCCGACACACCUUCAACACUCGCGUGGGCAACGACUUCAUCCGGGGUGUCAGUGGAGGCGAGAGGAAACGUGUCAGUAUCGCCGAAGCCACGCUGAACAUGUCGCCUCUUCAAUGUUGGGACAACAGCACCCGUGGUUUGGACAGUGCCAACGCCAUUGAGUUCUGUAAAACGCUGCGUCUCUCGACUGAGAUCCUCAACAACACGGCCGCGGUGGCUAUCUACCAGGCUCCCCAGGCAGCUUACGACCUCUUCGACAAGGUUAUUGUACUUUAUGAGGGACGGCAGAUCUAUUUCGGGCGGACCGUGGAUGCCAAAGACUACUUUGUCCGUCUUGGCUUCCAAUGCCCCGAGCGACAGACCACCGCCGACUUCUUGACGUCCAUGACGAGCGCCCAAGAACGAAUCGUCCGCGAAGGCUUUGAGAACCGGGUUCCACGGACCCCCGACGACUUUGCGAAGGCCUGGAAAGAGUCGCCGGAACGUGCGCAACUACUGAAAGAGAUUGAAGACUUUGACCAGAGGCAUCCCCUUGGCGGUGAGGAUCUGAACCGCUUCAAGGAAUCAAGAAGACUGCAGCAAGCGAAGCGGCAACGCGUGUCGUCGCCCUACACGCUGUCGUACGGUCAACAGGUCAAACUCUGUCUCUGGCGAGGAUUCCGCAGGUUGAAGGCCGACCCGAGCUUGACGUUGACUUCUAUCAUCGGAAACAACGUCUUUGCCCUGAUCAUCGGUUCCAUCUUCUACAACCUCGACGACACCACCAACUCGUUCUACUCGCGCGGCGCCUUGCUCUUCUUUGCCAUUCUCAUCAACGCCUUCAGCUCUGCCUUGGAAAUCCUGACGCUGUAUGCGCAACGGCCGAUCGUCGAGAAGCACCAACGGUACGCGCUGUAUCACCCGUCGACCGAGGCAUACGCUUCCAUGUUGACGGACAUGCCGUACAAGAUUAGCAAUGCCAUCAUCUUCAACAUCACCUUGUAUUUCAUGACCAAUCUCCGCAGAGAGCCCGGCGCAUUCUUCUUCUUCCUCCUCAUUUCCUUCACCUUGACGCUGGUCAUGAGUAUGCUGUUUCGAACGAUCGCCUCGGUCUCCCGCACCUUGAGUCAAGCUUUGGCACCGGCCGCCAUUCUCAUCCUCGCCAUCGUCAUCUACACCGGUUUUGCCAUCCCAGUCAACUAUAUGCUUGGCUGGGCACGCUGGAUCAACUACCUCGACCCGGUCGCGUAUGGUUUCGAGUCGCUGAUGAUCAACGAGUUCUCCGGACGGAAUUUCGACUGCGCCUUCUUCGUGCCCUCCGGUCCUGGGUACGGGGAUUCAAACCACGUCUGCGCCACGGUGGGAUCUCGGCCCGGUCAGUCCUUUGUCAACGGCGACGACUUUAUCAACAGCAACUACAAAUACUACGCGUCCCACAGGUGGAGGAAUUUCGGCAUCUUGAUCGCAUUCCUAAUCUUUCUGUUCUGCACCUACCUGAUCUCAGCCGAGUUCGUCCAGGCUAAGAAAUCCAAAGGCGAAGUCCUGGUUUUCCGUCGCGGUCAGACUCCCCCUGCGCUGAGACUGAAGCUCCCUCAUGACGCCGAGACCGGCGAUGUCGCGACAGCCGCCCCGGUGGAGAGGGUCAAAACCGCUGAGGACAUGUCAUCCGUCAUUCAGAAACAAACGGCCAUCUUCCAGUGGCGCGACGUCUGCUACGAUAUUUCGGUGAAAGGUGGCCAACGUCGGCUCUUGGAUCACGUCGAUGGCUGGGUCAAACCGGGCACCUUGACUGCCUUGAUGGGCGUGUCCGGGGCUGGAAAGACGACGCUCCUCGACGUCCUGGCCACCCGUGUGACUAUGGGAGUUAUCUCCGGCGAGAUGCUGGUCGACGGUCGCCAGCGAGACGAGUCUUUCCAACGCAAAACCGGCUACGUGCAACAACAAGAUCUUCACUUGGAGACGUCGACGGUGCGAGAAGCCUUGAACUUCAGCGCUCUCCUCCGUCAACCCGCACAUAUCCCACGGCAGGAGAAACUGGACUACGUCGACGAGAUCAUCAAAAUUCUCGACAUGUCCGAGUACGCCGACGCCGUUGUGGGUGUCCCCGGUGAAGGCCUCAACGUGGAGCAACGCAAACGGUUGACCAUCGGCGUGGAAUUGGCGGCGAAGCCAGAACUGCUGCUCUUCCUCGACGAACCUACCUCUGGUCUCGACUCUCAGACCUCGUGGUCCAUCCUCGAUCUCCUCGAGAAGCUGAAACAGAACGGACAGGCCAUUCUCUGCACCAUCCAUCAGCCUUCAGCGAUGCUCUUCCAGCGCUUUGACCGGCUCCUUUUCCUCGCCAGCGGCGGAAAGACCGUCUACUUCGGGCCCGUUGGGCAUUCGUCGAAGAUACUCAUCAACUACUUUGAACGCAACGGCGCCCAUCAGUGCCCGCCCGACGCGAAUCCCGCCGAGUGGAUGUUGGAGGUCAUCGGCGCCGCACCUGGUUCACACACCGAGAUCGAUUGGGUCGAGACGUGGCGCACGUCGCCGGAGUAUAGGGAUGUACACGCCGAGCUCUCUCAAAUGAAGGCAGAGCGUUGUCAACUUGCCCGGACGGUCUCGAACCGGGCCAGCAAAGCCAGCUAUCGCGAGUUCGCCGCUCCGUUCUACGUGCAGCUCUACGAGGUUCUGAAGCGUGUCUUUCAGCAAUACUGGCGUACGCCUUCCUACAUUUACAGCAAACUGUCUCUCUGUAUCGCUUCUGGUCUCUUCAUCGGCUUCUCCUUCUUCAAGGCCAGGAACACGCAGCAAGGUCUCCAGAACCAGAUGUUCGGCAUCUUCAUGUUGAUGACCAUCUUCGGCCAGCUCGUGCAGCAAAUCAUGCCGUUGUUCGUGACUCAACGUUCACUCUACGAGGUCCGCGAACGACCCAGCAAGACGUAUUCGUGGCAGGCAUUCAUGAUGAGCAACAUCAUCGUCGAGCUGCCCUGGUCCACACUCUGCGCCAUCCUCAUCUACUUCACCUGGUACUACCCGAUUGGCCUGUACAGGAAUGCGGAACCGACAGACGCCGUCCACGUACGUGGCGCGUUGAUGUUCCUGCUGAUCCUGGCCUUCUUGCUCUUUACGUCGACGUUUGCACACAUGGUCAUUGCGGCCAUCGAGACGGCGGAGACGGGAGGCAACAUCGCCAACAUGACCUUCUCGCUCACCUUGGUCUUUUGCGGUGUCCUCGUCGGCCCCAAGGCGCUCCCCGGUUUCUGGAUUUUCAUGUACCGCGUCUCGCCCUUUACAUAUCUCAUUGACGGCAUGCUCAGCACGUCCGUUGCGCACACCACCGUCACCUGUGCCGCCAACGAGUAUCUCCAUUUCCCAGCCCCCGCGGGCCAGACGUGUGCCGAGUAUAUGAGAGACUACAUGGCCGUCGCCGGCGGAUACCUGCAAAACCCCUCGGGCAGCAAUUGCACCUACUGCCAGAUCGCGACUACCGACGACUUCCUGGCCACCGUCUCCUCCAACCCGGACCACAUGUGGCGCAACUUCGGCCUGAUGUGGCCGUACAUUGUCUUCAACGUCUUCGGCGCCGUCUUCUUCUACUGGCUCGCCCGCGUGCCCAAGCGGAUGAACAAGGGGAAGAAGGAAGUUGGCACCCCGAAGGAGAGCAAAGAGGGCAGCGUGGUCGACGGGCCCGUCGAGACCGCCAAUGGAGAGAAGAGAGCAGACACCGGCGUAAGCACUGGCGCGGAGAAGGGUGCAGAUUCAGACGUCAACCCGCGGACGACGAAUGCAGAGCAUUAG